GCUUCCUUUUCCGCUGUGCCCAGAUGCGAUGAGGAUCUAGGUUCGCCCGGACCUUUAACAAAAUCCAAAUCCAUCCUUGUAAAAGGCAUCACCGAACCACGCCGAAAUGACCGAGCAGAUGACAGUGAGGGGGACCCUUAAGGGGCACAGUGGAUGGGUCACCCAGAUCGCCACUACGCCUCAGUACCCCGACAUGAUUCUGUCGGCUUCCCGAGACAAGUCCAUAAUCAUGUGGAAACUGACCCGUGAUGAGACCAACUACGGCAUCCCCCAGCGCUCCCUGAGGGGCCACUCUCACUUUGUAAGUGAUGUUGUCAUCUCCUCAGACGGACAGUUUGCUCUGUCGGGCUCCUGGGAUGGGUCCCUGCGUCUGUGGGACCUCACCAAUGGUACCACCACCCGCCAGUUUGUUGGUCACACAAAGGACGUUUUGAGUGUGGCUUUCUCUGCUGAUAACCGCCAGAUUGUUUCUGGCUCCCGGGACAAGACCAUCAAGCUGUGGAACACGCUCGGAGUCUGCAAGUACACCAUUCAGGAUGAAGGUCAUACUGAGUGGGUGUCUUGUGUUCGCUUCUCCCCCAAUAGCAGCAACCCCAUCAUUGUCUCCUGCGGCUGGGACAAGUUGGUCAAAGUGUGGAACCUGGCCAACUGCAAGCUGAAGACCAACCACAUCGGCCAUACUGGCUUCCUGAACACGGUGACCGUAUCUCCUGAUGGCUCUCUGUGUGCAUCGGGUGGAAAGGAUGGUCAGGCCAUGUUGUGGGACCUGAACGAGGGCAAACACCUCUACACCCUGGACAGCGGUGACGUCAUCAAUGCCCUUUGCUUUAGCCCCAACCGCUACUGGCUGUGCGCCGCCACUGGUCCCAGCAUUAAGAUCUGGGAUCUGGAGGGCAAGAUCAUCGUGGAUGAGCUGAAACAGGAAGUGAUCAGCACAAACAGCAAGGCUGAACCUCCACAGUGUACUUCGCUGGCCUGGUCUGCUGAUGGACAGACCCUGUUUGCUGGCUACACUGACAACCUGAUCAGAGUGUGGCAGGUUACCAUCGGAACACGAUAAGAACAACUUGCUGAAGACAUUUUGAAUAAAGAGACUCUUCAAAAUAACA